UUUCAUACCCUGCUGAAACUGAAACACAUAGCUUGUUACGUGUCAUCCAAAUUUCCAUCGUAUAAAACGGAAAAACCCUAUCUUUCUUCUUCGGUUCGGAGAGAUUUCUCAAGUUGAGCUUCAGAGGAAGAAGAAGAAGCGGCUGCAAAUCACAACAUGACGUUUAAGCGAAGGAAUGGUGGUCGUAACAAACAUGGCCGUGGUCAUGUUAACUUCAUCCGUUGUUCAAACUGUGGAUAAGGCAAUCAAGAGAUUUUUGGUGAGGAACAUCGUUGAACAAGCUGCUGUUAGAGAUGUUCAGGAAGCUUGUGUCUAUGAUGGAUACACUUUGCCUAAAUUGUACGCCAAGAUGCUUUACUGUGUGUCCUGUGCUAUUCAUUCUCAUGUGGUGAGAGUUCGUUCUAGAGAGAAGAGGAGGAACCGUGACCCACCUCAACGUUUCAAGCGUCGGGUAUGUGCCCUGCACUUUUGUUUCUCAUUAUGUACAUUAAACUUAAACUGCUUCCAUUGAUCAUGCAUACUAUUA